AUGCGACUUACUGAGGUUCGGGUAACCUUUUUGACAUCCAAAGUCAAGUACGUGUACUGGGAAUUUGCACAAUCAUUCAAUUCUUCGUUGCAUCGUGUGUCAAUGCCAAUUAAGCUGGAAAAAGAAGCUGCUUUGGAACGAGAUUUGACAAAGGAAGACUCAGCAUCCAGUUCAAGAAGAAUUCCUAUUGAGCCAUCGAACUCUGCAAUGACUUCAGUAGGAACAUUAGAGCCUUUUGACAUAAGUCAUCCGGAGAAUUGGUCCACAUACUACGCUAGGUUCGAGUUGUUUCUUCAGGCCAAUGACAUACGGACAGCUGAGCGUCAAAGGGCGAUUUUUUUAACACUAGCCGGUGCGCCGCUUUAUGAUCUGCUGUCGUCAUUGGCAUCCCCUAAGAAGCGCGAUCAAAUGCCGAAUGAGACCUUUGCGGAAUAUAUAGCCGCCCUUAGAAAGCUUGCGGUCGAUUGCAAUUUUGGCGGUGCUUUAGAUCGCAUGCUUCGUGAUCGUUUGGUGUGCGGUUUGCGCGACGAAUCCCUUCAACGAAACCUCCUCGCGGAGUCUGACCUCCAACUGCAGAAGGUCAUAGAACGGGCUACAACAGCGGAAGCCGCAUCAAAGAACGUGCAAGUAAUACGACAACCCGAACAAGUUAAUCAAGUUGGAAAACGUAAUCAGCCGAAAUUCAAUGAAAAAUUUAAAAGCUCAAACAAUACAGCUAGCGCAAAACCUUGUAAUGGUUGUGGUGGUGCACAUGCUCGAUCUCAGUGCUCUCAUAGGGAAACAAUCUGUUCUGCAUGUGGUGUCAAGGGCCAUUUGCAACGGGUCUGCCGGUCAGUCAAUGCAGGUGCGACGAAGGAGCAUACGAAAGCUACGGACAAAAAUCGACAACAAGGCGGUAAGUCGAAACCACAGUCGAUUAAUCAGAUUUUAAGCUCAAGGAGUCGUAAGAAAUCUACCACCAUAUACAUCAACCAAAAACCAUGUAAGUUCGAAGUGGAUUCAGGUUCGGAUUAUACUAUAGUAUCUUCUAAAACAUUCGACCAAUUAUGGCCGGGGGUUAAGCCAUUACUAUACGAGUGCGGUCUUGAGUUGAGGGAUUUUCAACAUAAUGGUGUACCUAUCAGAGGUGUCUUAGAUGUUGACAUUGAGUACAACAAACGCUCAAUCAAAGACUUACCACUUAUCAUUGUAAAUGGUAACCAAAGCAACGUGCUGGGUUGUAAUUGGUUUGAUUCGCUGGGCAUAAGCGUGCAGGGAGUGUUGGCAAUUGAGGAAUCGCCCACAAUCAAACAUAUUUUAGGCAAAUUUGAGCAUCUUUUUUCAAAAGAACUUGGCAAAUUCAGAGGGGAACCAGUUUCCUUACAAGUUAAAGACAACAUCCAACCCAUUAGGCUUCCCGCACGCCGUAUUCCAAUAGCUAUUCGCAGUCUUGUUGAAACUGAACUCGAUCGUUUGUGCGCUCAAGGUAUUUUUGAACCUGUCGAAUACUCUGACUGGGCAACGCCCAUCGUCCCAGUUCUCAAAAGCGAUGGAACAAUUAGAAUUUGUGGUGACUAUAAGUCUACCCUUAAUAAGGCCAUGUUGCCACACAAUUUCCAAAUUCCAUCUAUAAGCUCGAUUAUCUCUUCAAUAGAAGGGGUAAAGAUCUUUGCUAAAUUAGAUCUCGCACAAGCGUACCAACAACUUGCUGUAGACGAAGACUCUGCCAUGUUGCAAACCGUUGUGACACACAAAGGCGCAUUUAAAAUUCGCCUUAAAGAUGAACGGUUAAUUAAGCGCCACUUAGACCAAAUUAGGAAUCGAUCACCUGUUGACGCCGGCAUAACUUCAUCAAGCAAUGAAAAUUCCACGUCUAUGGAACCAACUUCGAGCGGUGACUCAACUGAAAACGACUCUGAAGCUGAGACAGUUUCACCACCUUCUGAGACAACACAGACAAAAACAUCCCUAAGCUCGCAUCAAUCGCCCACAUCGCCGGCAGAUACUACACCUGAUAGGAUCGUCCUACCAUCAUCACCCCAACCACCGACUCCAAGGCGGUCAAAACGUCCACGAAAGAUUCCGGCAUUUUACUCGCCAUCUGGGCGUUAA